AUGCUCUGUGGUCCUCAACCACAUCUGACUAGUCUUACCAAUCUAUGGGCAUCUCAAAUCAACCCCAAUACUGGUCUCAGUCAGCUUCCAGUACACUUCCAGUACUUACCCCAUCCUCUUGCCCUAGCAACUGCAGUUCUUCCAAUAGAGUGCCUGCUUUCCAGCUGUCACAUCCACACAAGGAGAGGAGGAGAUGGACGCAAUGCUUUUCCUGUAGCUGGACCACAACCUGUUGUACCUGUUAGCUCUUUAAGACUGACCAAUACCUUCCACCCCAGCACCUUUCCGGCAACUUCUGAAGUUCAGCUACCCAGCGUUGUAGCUGUACCACCCAGUGGGGAGGCCAUCUCUGUGACUGGUGGAUCCCAUCCAAAUAAUGGAGCACUGUCGGGUAGGAUUGCUAACGAGCGAGUGCUGUGUGAUCACAUCCUGCCUGCUGAAGCCAGCACUGGACUUUUGGAUUCAGAUCAUGGGCCUUUCAUUUCAGCAGUUGUGCCUGAUCCCAAUCACAGUGAUCCUAUAUUAUCCGCAAGUAUAAAAAAAUGACUUAUUCCAGCAUCCCCACAACUGUGUUCUGAUACUGUCAACACUAAAACUGAUAUGUACCCCAAAAACAAAUCUUUACUGCAAAUAUGCAUCUUAUAUCAUGCUAAUGCUCUAUUCAAUGAGAUAAGGCAUUCCUGGUACUUUUCAUGUAUCUUUUUAGCCUGGUCUCAUUGA